CGCGCCUAAAAGAAUUUUCAGUUUCAAGCCGUUGAGAAAACCCAAUGGUUCGUUAAACGUAAAAAAGAUUGGCCACAAGAAUAAAUGCUCCUUUAUUACAUUUACUUACCUGACUUAUGAUAAAGAGCAAGAAAUCUUGGAAUACAAUAAGAUUACAACUACAAGACAGCUUUUUUCUUGAUUUUGAGUUACUUUUCUUUUUCUUUUCCCUUCAAGUACUACUGUGUCUGGGUUCUUAAUUAAGUGGUGUUCUUGAAGAGAUUGGAGAUGGGCAUUUUGAGUAGUAUACUUGGUUUUUUUGGAUUUGGAAUAGGAACUUCAAUUGGGAUUACGAUCGGGUACUAUAUGUUUAUCUACUUUCAGCCGACUGAUGUGAAGGAUCCUGUAAUUCGUCCUUUGGUAGAACAAGACUCAAAAACUUUGCAACGAAUGCUUCCAGAAUUACCCCUUUGGGUGAAAAAUCCAGACUAUGAUCGGGUUGACUGGCUUAACAGAUUCAUUGCGACCAUGUGGCCUUACUUGGAUACUGCAAUUUGCAAGACUGUAAAGACUAUAGCAAAACCCAUUAUUGCUGAGCAAAUUCCGAAAUAUAAAAUUGACUCUGUUGAAUUUCAAGAACUUACCUUGGGCUCCCUGCCGCCAACUUUUCAAGGAAUAAAAGUUUAUAUCACUGAUGAGAAAGAGCUGAUCAUCGAGCCAUCAUUGAAAUGGGCUGGAAAUCCAAACAUUAUCAUUGCAGCUAAAGCAUUUGGUUUGAGAGCUACAGUUCAGGUGGUGGAUUUGCAAGUGUUUGCUGCUCCACGCAUCACUCUAAAGCCUUUAGUUCCUACCUUUCCAUGUUUCGCCAGUAUAUUUGUCUCUCUAAUGGAGAAGCCCCAUGUUGACUUUGGACUGAAACUGCUCGGAGCAGAUGUCAUGUCCAUUCCUGGUCUAUACCGAUUUGUCCAGGAGCUUAUUAAAGAUCAAGUUGCAAAUAUGUAUUUGUGGCCGAAAGCCCUACAAGUACCAAUCCUGGAUCCUGCUAAAGCUGCAAAGCGACCUGUUGGUAUUCUGUCUGUGAAGGUUGUGAGGGCAAUGAAGCUUAAAAAGAAAGAUUUUCUUGGGGCAUCAGAUCCUUACGUGAAAUUAAAGCUCACUGAAGAUAAGCUACCUUCAAAGAAAACAGCUAUUAAGCACAAAAACUUGAACCCUGAAUGGAAUGAGGAAUUUAACAUUGUUGUUAAAGAUCCAGAAACUCAAGCCUUAGAGGUUAUUGUUUAUGACUGGGAACAGGUUGGCAAACAUGAAAAGAUGGGUAUGAAUGUUGUUCCAUUGAAAGAGCUUACACCUGAUGAGCCAAAAGUUAUGACACUUGAUCUGCUAAAAAACAUGGAUCCAAAUGAUGCUCAAAAUGAAAAAUCUCGUGGGCAGCUUGUUUUGGAACUGAUAUACAAACCUUUCAAGGAGGAUGAGAUGCCAAAUGAUGUUGCAGAUUCAAAUGAUGUAGGAAAGGCUCCAGAAGGUACACCUGCUGGUGGCGGUUUACUUGUGGUUAUUGUACAUGAAGCUCAAGACAUUGAAGGAAAGCACCACACAAAUCCUUACGUGCGAUUGCUCUUCAGAGGGGAGGAGAAACGAACUAAGCUGGUGAAGAAAAAUAGAGAUCCAAGGUGGGAAGAGGAGUUUCAAUUCACGCUAGAGGAACCGCCUACAAAUGAUAGAAUCUAUGUGGAAGUUCUCAGUGCCUCCUCAAGGAUGGGUAUACUUCAUCCCAAGGAAAACUUGGGAUAUGUAACCAUAAACCUAGCUGAUGUCGUCAACAACAAGAGAACCAAUGAGAAAUACCAUCUUAUCGACUCAAGGAACGGUCGGAUUCAAAUUGAGCUGCAAUGGAGAACUUCUUCUUAAGAUUCGUACCAUUAUUGGCAGGGUGUCCAAGUGGAGUGUGCUUUUGUGUUGAUAGUAUUUGGAGAACUUCAGUGAGCUUUCUAAUAAUAAACCCUGCUGAUAGAACUUGUAAUUUUUAAGCUUGAUGAUUCUCUGAAAUUCAGUAGCAUUUUCUAGUCUUGCAAUUUUUCUGCCUUAUUAUCAACUGAUCCUGUUGAUGUGAAUAGGAGAAAAUCCAUCCGACUGUGUAGUGUGCAGCCCAUUCUUAGAUUUUAAUUGAAAGUUGCUACAGCCUUGUAUGCAUCAUAUCCUUUAGGUGCAACUGUACAGUUGACAUGUGUUGUUGAUUAAUUGUCAAGAAGCACCGCACUUGGUCAUCUUCUGUAUAAACGGUAGAGAAGCUCAGCCGCUUGAUUGAUAAAACAGUUUUCCCUUCCUCUCUA